AUGUGUGGAAUCGCGUUCGCUUUGAGCUACAGGUCAGUAAAGAACGCCGAAACUCGAUCGGUGCUCAGUGGGGCUUCGCAAGCUGAGCUCGUCCUGCAUCGAUCUUGCACUACACCGACUGCACCCUUGAGCGAUCACGAUUCUGACAACCAAGUUAAGAAUGGGCAUGCUGUGCGUGACGGGAACGGAACAUCGGUUCCAGUACCGUCGCUAGACUCUCGAGGGGAGGUCGAGUCCGAGGUGGAAGACCACAGUGCAGCAUGGUGGAGAGCUGUCACCGAAGCUGUCCAGCCACGAGGUGAGUCAAAGACUUACCGAUAGAACACGAGAGCUGUGUUCGCGAAUUUACUGUCCCGAUGCGACCAAUGCGGCGUUUGUUCACUUCUCGGCGACUCAGGGCCGGAUGCCUCGGCAGGUUAUCAAGUCAAGCUGGAAGCCAUCAAGGAAAGUUUGACCACCAUCGACAUGAGGUUCCAUACAUCGGUGUUGCAUAUGAGAGGAGACGUUGUUGCCCCGCAACCCUUCGUUGAAGCCGACACCGGAGAUGUCUUGCUCUGGAACGGUGAAGUUUUUGAUGGACUGACCGUGAGUGCCCGAGCUUGAGCCUAGGAACCGCUCAGUACGAGGACGGCUAAUUGGCUCAUCUUAUUCUUCACCGUCUGCCCUACAGGUCGGUCCGCACGACAAUGACGGCUCAAGACUCUUUCACGAGAUUCAACAAGCCGGACCUCGAGCGCUCCCCGCGGUCCUUCAAGGCAUAGAAGGACCCUACGCUUUCUUCUACUUCGAUAAAGCACGAAACACGCUCUGGUUCGGACGAGAUCAUCUUGGACGAAGGUCGCUCUUGUUGCAUCGUCCUACGCCUUCCAUGCCCCACUUGAUCUUGGCUUCAUGCGCACCGUUGGUCGAACCCAAUUCGGAAUUUGGCGAGUGGGAGGAAGUGGCGUGCGAUGCCUUGUUCUCUUUCGACCUGAAUGAAGUGUUGCAAAGUGGUACUCCUGUGAGCGGCGAUGUUAAUUCCCCAUGGAGAGGUCAAACUGAUCGUUGACCUUUCCUAUGCGUGCAGACCUUUGUGCCUACCCCUCGGUCGUUUAGGUCGGACGCUCAAGCUCCAAAAGACUCUUUGGUAGGUUUCUUUGUCCGACCGCUCUCCAAUCUGACGUCGACCGAGCCUGUCUGAAACGUACUUGCCCAGUUCUACCCUUACGACCGUCUCCUCACGAUCGUCCCAACCCCCGACCAAGUUUUCGACCCCCCCUCACACGAAACCCAACCCGUCCCGCUUGAGCUCCAAAGCGCGAUCCUCGCCCUCGAAGCCGCUCUCGAACUCUCGAUCCGUCAACGAAUCCUCAAUCUACCACCCCAUCCCGACCCUUCCUCACCUUCCCCUCAAACCCGUAUCGCCGUUCUGUUUUCCGGUGGUUUGGAUUGUACGACUUUGGCUUGUUUGGUCGAUCGGGUGUCGGAUGAGGAGGAGGGGAUCGAUUUGAUCAAUGUCGCUUUUGAGAACCCGAGGUCGAUUCAGUCGAUGGCUAGGACGAAGGAACGAGAGGGGAGUGGGAAGAAGAAGAAGAAGGAUCGACGGAAAGACGGGGAGGAAUUGAAGGUGGAAGAAGGGGGGGUUGAUUUGGGGAAUAAGGAGGUGUCGAUUUAUGAUGUGCCGGAUCGGUUGACGGGGAAAGCGAGUUGGAAGGAGUUGAGGAGAUUGAGACCGAAGAGGAGGUGGAACUUCGUUGGCGAGUCUUAUCACUCAGAGCAUAUACCAGCUUGCGACUCGAACUGACAGAUUGUGCGUGUUCACAGAGGUCGACGUCCCUUAUCAAGAGAUGAUGGAGCAUCGGUCCGCUGUGAUGGAGCUGAUGAGGUGCGCUCCUACCAUUAAUUCCAACCCACGUCGAGGCUGACUCCCUUCACCUUUUUCUGCAGACCCCACUGCACCAUCAUGGAUCUGAGUAUCUCGCUCGCCUUCUACUUUGCCGCCCGAGGUCAAGGCCACCUCGCCUCCUCCGAUCCCAAGCCCAGCUCAACUCCACCCCAACCAUACCACUCCUCAGCCCGAGUGCUCCUAUCGGGUCUAGGCGCGGACGAACUUCUCGGCGGCUACGCCCGUCACCGAAAAGCCUUCUAUACCGCCACAGGUGGAAGACCUUUGCCUACGUCGAACCCCUCCGAUGGAUCCUGGUCUCACCUGAUUCAAGAAAUGCAAAUGGAUCUCGAUCGUCUACCGAUUCGUAACCUAGGUCGUGACGAUCGGAUCAUUUCCCAUCAUGGCAAAGAAGCUCGGUACCCUUUCCUUGCUGCACACGUGAUCGACCUCUGUACGAAGCUCCCUAUUUGGAUCAAGUGCGAUCCGAGAUUGGGAGAGGGGAAGGGGGAUAAGAGGUUGUUGAGGUUGGUUGCGGGCAAGUUGGGUUUGGGGGAUGCGGCCGGUUUGAAGAGGGCGAUUCAUUUUGGGGCGAGGACGGCCAAGAUGGAGCUGGGGAGUGGGAGGGACAAGGGGGAGGAUGCGGUGGAGGGGUAA